UGGUCAUCAAAUCCCAUAAGCGAUUGAUUCACAAAUAUUUAGUAUGAGUCGAAUAGAAUGCAAUAUUCGCAUCAAGUUAAUGAACUGAAGACAAAGGAAAAUAUUAAGAAAAGUGACUAGAAUUAUUUAUAAUUUUCCCAUUGUUUCUUGAAAGAAGAUUGGCCUAGUCGACGUUGGAAAUCAUGGCAUCAUCCCCCAGAUUCGGAGAGCCUAUCCAAAUCGUCAACUUCAGAAUAUUGCCCAAUCAACCAUCCAAGCUCGUCUUGAACAAAAGAAAUCUGGAGAUCAUCCUACGACAGGUAGGAAAUACCCCCAUCUGCCUCAUCUCCAUCGCCGGCGCAUCUCGUCAAGGUAAAUCAUUCCUUCUCACCGUCGUUCUCAACGUUCUUGAACGUUUAUCACGAGGACAAACCGAAUACUGGGAGGAUCUCGAGCAGUUAUAUAGCUUGACCGGAUUUCAUUUCAAAAAUGGCACUGAACGUGACACCGUUGGUUUGUGGUUAUGGUCGAAACCUUUCAUCAUCACGAAAUCGGACGGUACUAAAAUUGCCGUGAUGCUGAUGGACACUCAAGGAGUUUUCGACAGCUAUACGACGGAGAGGGACUGGGCCAUGAUUGUCGGUCUCAGCCUCCUCACCUCUUCCUGCCUUAUCUACAACCUGUUCACCAACAUGCAGGAAGAUACGUUGAAAAUAUUUUACAAUUUUGUCGAAUUUGGAAUGCUUUCUCUAGAAGAGGAUUCCACUGCCACGAGUGCCUUUCAAAAACUCAUCUUCCUCAUACGAGACUGGAACUUUCCAAAUACUAACUCAUAUGGACCGCUCGGUGGUUCCACCUUUCUCGAGAAGAAACUUGCCGUGACGCCCGAUAUGCCACUGGAGGUUACAAUGGUGAGACAAAAGCUAGCCACAUGUUUUGAAGACAUUUCUUGCUUUCUCAUGCCCAAUCCGGGCGAGGCUGCAAAGGAGAAUAACUUUUCGGGAGCUUUGAGCACUCUUAGUGAAGCAUUUCGUGAAAAUUUGCGCCUUUUUGUGGACAACUUGAUUUCAUAUGAUGAUCUAAAACCGAUUAAAAUUGGGAACAAUAUCAUUGACGGGACCAGCUUGCUGAGUUAUUUUGAAAAAUAUAUUGAAGUUUUUAACGGGAAAACGAUGCCACCACCAAAAUCACUUUAUCAAGCCAUGGAGGAAGCCAGGCUGGGGUCGUGCAUUACAAAAUGCUGCAACCAGGCGAAGGAGAAAUUAGAAUUGGUGCAAAAAUCACGCGAGUACAUUCCAAGCAAUGAAUUCAAACAGUACUGCGACAAGUUUGGGAGGGAAGCUUUGUCAGAGUUCAUGGUGGAAGGGAAUAAGACUAAAAAUCAAGAAUUUCUCCAGCGAUACCGUUCCACACUUAUGUCUGAUUUGAAAACUUUAUUUGGAGAAAUUUUUGGCAUAAAUGAGGCAUCUAAGAACGCCAUUCUGAAUCAAAUUCUCGAGAUCUCUGUAACACAGUAUAAGACCAUUUUGGCAGAUAAAACAGGACAAACUCUUCUCGAACAAGAUUUGGAACACAUAUUGGAAUCUGAAGUGAAAAACUUUUUGCUUAAAGUUCGUCAAGAUUGUGGAGGAAGAGAUGCCGCAUUUCAGAGCGAAGCUGAAACCAAGAUCAAAGAGUUAAUGGACAAGGAAAACACAGAAAUUAGAGGCCAAAAUUCCACUAAAUUUAAGGAAAUUGAACGCUUCUGUCAAAUAUCGCUUCAGAAUUGUACCCAAGAAUACAACAGUCUUAUGAACCUUGCUUUGGGCAACGAUCUAAAAAAUGUCACGCAGGAAAAACUGAGUCAAACUCACAAGACGUGCGAAUCCAUGGUCCUUCCCAAAUUCAUGAGACCACUCGAAAAAGAAUCAGAAAUAAUCCGUGGCCACUUUCACCAUCAAUUUAACUCUGGAAUCAAUCAGAUUUUAGGACAAUACGCAGAAAAAUUCGGCUCAGCUCGAAAUGAAGCUUCAUCCGCUGCAAGUAAUAUAUACAACGAAUCGUUCACCGCCUACACGAGGGCAUUGACCGCACUGGCGGAAUCGGGCGCUUCGGAAAGUGACCUCAAGACAGAACACCGAUUCAAAGUUUUGGAAGCAUGUCACAAAUUGAACCAAAUCAAUAUAAUUUGCUCCCCCGAGGAGGCGAGAGAGUUUGAAAAUAAUAUGAGGGAAGAAACCACCCAGUUUUACGACGAGCUCAUCGCUAGCAUCCACAAAGAGAAAGAACGCUUCCAAUCACUCCUUGACCAAGCCGUGCAAAAUGGGGUGGAAGCUUACGAUCGGGAAAUUAAGAGUGUCGUCCAUUCUACGGCUGAUGAACCAUUGUCCGACGCGGAGUUUAUAACUAAACAUGAGAAAAUCCUUGCCAAAAUUUUGAGCAAGGUCUCCGUAUCGGAUUGGAUCCCGGCUGAAAAUCGUCCAACCGUAGAAAACAGAAUCAAACAAGGGGUUCAAAAUUCGUAUCGAGAUGCGCAAGCCAGCAACAAUUGUAAUCUGGAACAGGCUGAAUUGACAGCGUCAGAAAAGUCUAAAACUUUCCUUGCCAAGUAUGACGAAAGAAUGCAUGCACUCGUAUCUAGAGUGGCACCGCCCGUUAAGCAAUCCGAGCUAACAAACACUCACAACAAAUUGGAACAAGAAAUCGGAACAAUGGCAAAGAAAAUGUUUGCACAUUUCCCAAAAUCCAUUGUUGACAGAAUCUGGGGGAAAUUACAGCUCGACAUGAACAACCGUUUUGAAGACUACAAGGAAAAAUUGGACUUGAAAAUCGAACAAAAUCAAACAAAAAUGUCACAACUAGUUUCAGAUCAUGUAGAAAUGUAUCAGUCGGAAGUUGACAAUUUAAUCACGACCUCAAAAAAUAUUACGGAUUCAGACCUGACCCGAUUCCAUGAACGAAGUAAAUCCAUGAGUAUCCGACAACUCGGUUAUGUCCUUCGCCUCAGCGAAAAUUUUGAUCAGGAACAAGUGCAGAAGGAACUUGAUGAAAAAAUUGAACAACUUUUCUCUAAAAUUCGAAAAGAUACUUCUGAACUGCUCAAGAAUAUUGACGCCCAAAUUUCCGACCUGCACAAAACUGCUAAAGCCAAAUACCAGAAAAAAAUUGAAGAAAGGCAAAUCGAUGCUCAAAGUGAGGAGGACCUGAAGAAAAUACAUGAAGCCGUAUUAUCCACAGUUUUAGACGAGUUUGAACGCAGUUUUAUAGAGAUUGGGGAUAUGCAAAGGUUCCGGCAAGAGAAAGUUGCUCUCCAAUCUGAACUCCAGGAUUUGUAUAGAAAAGUUGUGAAUGAUUUCCUUGAAACGAGUGACCAACACGAUAAGAAAAUUAGACAAGAAAUUAACAAACUUGUUGAAAACUACCGGACACAGGUACAAUCUGGGUUGGACCCAUUUUAUUGCGUGUUGGAUUCAAAAUUGCAAGCUCUCCACGACCAAGCUCUCGCCGACGUACUAAAACAAUGUCAACAAUCUGUAAAAAUACCUCCAAACUCGAAUCAAAAAACGUAUGAUGACCUGCUUGGACAAAAAAUACACGAAGCUUUUAAAUUAUUCGAGAGUGAAAACAUCGCUAAAAAUGAAUCCUUGCGAGAUGACAUUAAAGACCGAGUGGAACAACUUUCCAAAGAGCUUGUAACCGAGCUUAGCACAAUGAACAACAUGGAUGAAGACACUCUGAGGAAAAUGACCAAAAAGUAUAUCCAAUUAUGCGUCGAAUCUGUGACAAAUGAAUUUUCUAUUGAUGACGACGCAAGUGUAUCUGCUUUCUGCGUCGGUCAAAUGACGGACGCUUGUACUAAUGCAUUUGAUGCUUGGAAGCAAAUUGAAGUCCCAGAGGCGGAUGUGGACUAUCAUCUUCGCAAAGCUAGAGAUACCUAUACAGACGAAAUGGACAAAAGUAUUUCAUCCCGCACGGGAAAAUUCUUACAUACGAAAGACCUGCAUAAAAUGCAUGUCAAAGUUUCCAACUUAGUGAGGGGUUUAUUUGAAAAAAGCAUUCGACAAACUCCCAAAAUCCAGCAACGUUUCAACGACAUGCUUCACGACCUGUAUCGAAAAUAUGACGGAGAUAAUACCCUCCGAGCAUCGGAAAUUGCAGAACCUGCGAUAGGCAUUGACUUGGGGACGACGUACUCUUGCACAGCAAUCUACGACAAAGGGACAAUCAUUAUGAUACCAGAUCACAACACUCACAAGAAUGUGACUCCGAGUUAUGUCCUUUUUGAAAGUCCGACACAACUCGUGGUCGGAGAAUCUGCAAAAGACCAAGCAAACAUUUAUCCUGAUGCGUCAAUCUUUGACGCCAAGCGAUUGAUUGGGCGCAAAUUUACGGAUGAGGUCACGCAAAAAGAUAUUAAGACGUGGCCGUUCAAAGUUGUCCGUGACAGUGCGGAAAAGAAUCGUCCGAAAAUUCAAGUUUUGGGUCAAACUUAUUACCCAGAAGAGAUCAGUGCAAAGAUCUUGAAGAAAUUGAAAGACGACGCUGAAAAAUAUUUGGGUCGCAAGGUCGAAAAUGCGGUUAUCACGGUGCCCGCUUAUUUCAACGAUGCGCAGAAAACGGCUACGAAGAACGCUGGGAAUCUUGCGGGUCUUAAGGUGAUGGGAAUCUUAAACGAACCCACGUCCGCAGCAAUUGCAUACAGUUUGAAUUACACGGACGACAAGGAGAGAAAUAUUUUGGUGUAUGACCUGGGUGGUGGUACUUUUGAUGUAUCGGUGUUGACGGUGAAAGGGGGCGACAUAAAUGUUCGAGCAGUUGGAGGAGAUAACCACUUGGGAGGAGAAGACUUCGAUACGAACAUGCUCAACUAUUGCAUCAAAGAGUUUCAAACAUUAUACAAUAUUCAGCUUGAUAAGGAUGGGGUUGAAAAUGAGAGAAACUCACGGCUUCGACGAAUCAGAGCAAAAUGUGAAAAAGAAAAGAUUAAUCUUUCGGUUUCGGAAAAAGUGAAAAUUUCCAUUGAUCGAAUUUUUCAAGACCACCACUUGCAAGUGGAAAUUACAAGACACAAGUUUAACGAAAUGAAUGAAUCCUUGUUUCAAAAAACCUUAAAAAUUGUUGGGAAAGCAUUAGACGAUGCUAAAAUGGAGAUAGAUGCGAUAAAUGACAUUGUUCUUGUUGGAGGGUCCACAAGGAUUCCAAGGGUUCAGGAAAUUCUACAGGAAUAUCUGAAAGGGAAAAGUUUCAACUUGGCGAUUAAUCCAGAUGAAGUAGUGGCACAGGGAGCUGCUAUUUUAGCGGCGAUGAAAAGUGCUGCGAAUGUAAAGGAACUUGGUCAAAUUCAGUUGUCUGACGUGGCACCCUUGUCUUUGGGAAUCGAGGUAAAAGGGGGCGGAUUUUCAACCAUCAUCAAACGCAACACAAAAGUCCCCUGUAAUAAAACCGAGGUUUACGUCACAACGGUAGACCAACAGACGACCGUCAACAUAUCCAUUUACGAGGGAGAGGAUAGAGUCGCGACGAAUAAUAAUUUACUGGGGAAUUUUGUGAUGACUGGAAUUCCUCCUGCUCGUGCGGGCCGAGAAUCUAUCGAUGUGACGAUGUCAUGCGAUGCGGAGGGGAUCCUGCACGUCACUGCGCUUUGCAGAUCGACCGGUGGAACGAAGGACAUUACCAUCAAGUCGCAAAGGACUGGACUGACUGAGGAGGAAGUGAAGGAUUUAAAGGAAAAAUAAGGAAGCAUGAUGUCACCAACAGACUACAAUUAACUUUCUCUUCAUAAAUUAUGCAUAAAUAAUAAAUUGUGAUUUUAAUUAAAUAAAUAUACUGUUGACUUUACUGUGUAA